UUCAUUGCUGGAGUAUGUUUAUGUUGUGGUAGAUGAGGUACAGUAUCUGUAGGUGGCAGUAGCAGUAGCAGCAGUAGCUUCAGCUUCAUGUCAGGCGUGUUUGGUGUGUUUGUGUGGGAGGAAGAGAAGAGCAGGAACACUGGAUGAGAGGAGCACCAGGGCAAUUUGGUUUCAAAUCUCUUCAGUCACUCAUGCACUGAAUUGUCAUUAAUGACAGCUCGGGAGCGUGUUUUGCUUAGCAGGAGUGCUGGAGUAGCGCUAGCGUCUCUGAGCCGUGUGUAGCCGCGCACUGCAUAACGACGAAUGGACACUAGCUUUAGCAUUUAGCUCAAUAAUGAGCGAGCUGAAGCGGAGGUAGCUGCUUAGCGUCUGGAGGAGAAAGCGGACCUUCUUCAGGCUCCGGCUCCGGCUCGGGCUCAGUGCUCGGUGUUUCCCGUGUUGACUCGCGGUGGUUAGAGGAUGUCGCUGCGGCGCUGCUCGGCUCGCUCCGGCUCCACGGCGGUGCUGGAGCCGACUGCGGGCAGGGAGCUGUUCGAGGCCUGCCGAAGCGGAGAGCUGGAGCGGGUCAAGAAGCUGCUCAACGCCGAGAAUGUGAACAGCAGAGACACCGCGGGCCGCAAGUCCACCCCGCUGCACUUCGCCGCCGGAUUUGGCCGUAGAGAUGUAGUGAGCUACCUGCUGCAAUAUGGAGCUAAUGUUCAUGCCCGGGAUGAUGGUGGCCUCAUCUCACUCCACAACGCCUGCUCGUUUGGCCAUGCUGAGGUGGUCAACCUGCUACUGCAGCACGGAGCAGACCCUAACUCCAGAGACAACUGGAACUACACCCCUCUCCACGAGGCGGCUAUCAAGGGCAAGAUCGACGUCUGCAUCGUUCUGCUGCAGCACGGAGCUGAGCCGAGCAUCCGAAACACCGACGGCAGGACGGCCCUGGACCUAGCCGAGGCCUCCACUAAGGCAGUCCUGACCGGAGAGUACAGAAAAGACGAACUUCUGGAGAGUGCAAGGAGUGGAAACGAGGAGAAGCUGAUGAGUCUGCUCACUCCUCUGAACGUAAACUGUCACGCCAGUGAUGGAAGAAGGUCGACCCCCCUGCAUCUGGCCGCAGGCUACAAUCGAGUGAAGACAGUACAGCUGUUGCUGCAGCACGGCGCUGACGUCCACGCUAAAGACAAAGGCGAUCUGGUGCCUCUCCAUAACGCCUGCUCAUACGGCCAUUAUGAGGUGACUGAACUGCUCGUGAAGCAUGGUGCCUGCGUUAACGCAACAGACCUGUGGCAGUUCACGCCGCUGCACGAGGCGGCCUCCAAGAACCGCGUGGAGGUGUGUUCCCUCCUGCUGAGCCACGGAGCCGACCCCACCUUCCUCAACUGCCACAACAAGAGCGCCAUCGACCUGGCGCCCACCGCCCUCCUCAAAGAUCGCUUGGCCUAUGAGUUCAGAGGUUACGCUCUACUUCAGGCAGCGCGUGAGGCCGAUCUCUUCCGCCUUAAAAAACACCUCUCGCUGGAGACCAUCAACUUCAAACAUCCCCAAACCCAUGAGACAGCUCUGCACUGCGCCUCUGCCUCACCUUAUCCUAAGAGGAAGCAAGUGUGUGAGAUUCUGCUGAGGAAGGGCGCCAAUAUAAACGACAAGACAAAAGACCUCCUGACGCCACUGCAUCUCGCUGCUGAGAAGUCCCACAAUGACAUCAUCGAACUGUUAGUGAAGCACGAAGCCAAAGUCAACGCGGUGGACAGUCAGGGGCAGACGCCGCUGCACAGGGCCGCUCAGUGUGGACAUCUGCAGAGCUGCAGACUGCUAAUGAGCGCUGGCUCGGACCCGCUCAUCACCUCACUGCAGGGCUUCACACCCUCCCAGCUCUCCAAAGACACCAUCCAGGACAUACUGCAGGAAGGAGUGCUGGCAGGGAAUUUGGACACAGAAAGGCAGCUGCUGGAGGCCUCCAAGUCAGGAGACCUGGAGACUGUAAAGAAGCUGUGCACACUACAGAAUGUGAACUGCAGGGACGCAGAGGGACGUCAGUCCACACCGCUGCACUUUGCAGCUGGCUACAACCGCGUGGCCGUGGUGGAGUACCUGCUGCAGCACGGUGCUGACGUACACGCUAAAGAUAAAGGAGGCCUGGUUCCGUUACAUAACGCAUGCUCAUAUGGACACUACGAGGUGGCGGAGCUGCUGGUGAUACAUGGUGCUGUGAUUAACGUGGCCGACCUGUGGAAGUUUACGCCGUUGCACGAGGCUGCCGCAAAGGGCAAGUACGAGAUCUGCAAACUGCUGCUUCAGCAUGGUGCAGAUCCAACCAAGAAGAAUCGUGAUGGGAACACGCCUCUGGACCUGGUGAAGGAGGGGGACACAGAUAUCCAGGACCUGCUGAGGGGAGACGCUGCGCUGCUGGAUGCUGCCAAGAAAGGCUGUCUGACCCGGGUGAAAAAACUCUGCAGCCCAGGCAACGUCAACUGCAGGGACACACAGGGACGCCACUCCACACCGCUCCAUCUGGCAGCUGGUUAUAAUAACCUGGAGGUGGCGGAGUAUUUGCUGCAGCAUGGCGCAGAGGUGAACUCACAGGACAAAGGAGGUCUCAUUCCUUUACAUAACGCUGCUUCCUAUGGGCACGUGGACGUGGCUGCAUUGCUCAUCAAGUACAACGCAUGCGUCAAUGCCACUGAUAAGUGGGCGUUCACUCCGCUGCAUGAGGCUGCUCAGAAAGGGAGGACGCAGCUGUGCGCACUGCUGCUUGCACACGGUGCCGAUCCUACACUGCGCAACCAGGAAGGCCAGUCGCCGCUGGACCUUGUGACGGCCGAUGAUGUGCGCGCCUUGCUGACCGCGGCCAUGCCGCCAUCUGCAUUGCCGGCCUGCUACAAGCCGCAGGUCAUCAGCGUGUCAGCCUCCGCUGGCGUGGCGACGUCUGACCACUCCUCUGGUGCUGGCUCCACCCCCCAGCCCUCCACCUCAGGUUUGGAGUCACAGGAUGGCCACUUGCCCGAGCUGCUGGGGCCAUCAGGGGGCGAGGGAGCUGUGGGAGUGGAGAAAGCCGAGGAGGGUGCAGCCUUGGAAUUGAGUAUCAGCCAAUUUCUUCAUAAGCUUGGAUUGGAGCAUCUUCUGGAGAUCUUCGACCGAGAACAGAUAACUCUGGACGUGCUGGUGGAAAUGGGGCACAAAGAGCUGAAGGAGAUCGGCAUCAACGCUUACGGCCACAGACACAAGAUCAUCAAAGGAGUGGAGAGGUUCAUUACCGGACCUCAGAGUUUGAAUCCCUAUUUAACUCUGAACACGGCCAACAGUGGAACUAUACUGAUUGAUCUGGCCUCGGACGAUAAGGAAUUUCAGUCGGUUGAAGAGGAGAUGCAAAGCACAAUUAGAGAGCACAGAGAUGGUGGUCACGCCGGAGGAGUUUUCAACAGAUACAACAUUGUAAAGAUCCAGAAGGUGUGCAAUAAGAAGCUGUGGGAGAGAUACACACAUCGCAGGAGGGAGGUGUCCGAAGAGAACCACAAUCACUCCAACGAGCGCAUGCUGUUCCACGGUUCUCCAUUCGUAAACGCCAUCAUCCACAAAGGCUUCGACGAGAGACACGCCUACAUCGGAGGCAUGUUCGGGGCCGGGAUCUACUUUGCCGAGAACUCCUCCAAGAGUAACCAGUAUGUGUAUGGUAUAGGAGGAGGCACUGGGUGUCCUCUUCACAAGGACAGGUCAUGCUACAUGUGUCAGAGGCAGCUGCUGUUCUGCCGCGUAACUCUUGGGAAGUCCUUCCUUCAGUUCAGUGCCAUGAAGAUGGCUCACUCUCCACCGGGGCACCACUCGGUGUCAGGCAGACCCAGCGUCAACGGCCUCGCCCUCGCCGAGUACGUCAUCUACAGAGGAGAGCAGGCUUAUCCUGAAUAUUUGAUCACCUAUCAGAUUAUCAAACCGGAUGGGAGUAUGGAUUAAGACCCCGACUCUUCAGAAAGGACUGUUUUGCACACUGCAUGCACAUUCUCAUUAAUACACUGUAUAGAAAUGUUUCGUUCCAUCUUUUCUACUUUCCUUCCUUCGCACUUGAUAUUUAUCAUGUUAAACAGUUAACCGUCUACUCAACGUGUGCACUGAUAACUGUCCUUUCCGCAGCAAAAGACCUCAUACAGUCAGUCGCUACCACUGUAAAUCCAGUUUUCAAGAAGCCUAAUGCAUCACAAAUGUGGCUUAUUUAUUUUACACAACUGUAAGACAACUGUAUAUAUUUUUUUUUGUACCAGCAUGUCGAUUUAUUGAUAUUUGUAUUAUAAAGAUUCUAUGCUUGGAUGAUGUAUUGUAUAAAAUCUAUGCCAGUUUCAGAGGUACUUUUGGUUCGGAGGUAAUCCGGUUAAAGCUACAGGAUGUAAGAUUUUGGAAUUUCACCCUCUCUGGGGGGAAAAAAAAACUUUGCAGGCUACUUGUGGAACAUUUCGUAAUGUGGGUCGGAUUAAUCUCAUGGCUGCGAGUGCCAGGUCAUACGCAUUCAGAUAAGUUGUACGGCUAAAUAACACCAAUGACGCUCAAGUAUUUGUGACUCUCAGGAUAUCGGUAUCUGCUCUUAUCGUCGUCUGCUGAAGUUUACAGAAGUGCGUGAGCGCAGGGUAAAUGCGGAGUGAUCAAACUCUAGCUAGCUAGCUGAAAUAUAGUGUAGAGAGCAAACCUAUAAAAAGUGGCCAAUUAUUUAUCGUAACUGAAAAAACAUUUGGCAGGAACCAGAUAGUGUAAGCAUGCUAGCUAAAACCAACAUCAGAUGAUCAAGCCAAACGUUCUUGGUGUCAGCUUCAUUCCAUUUCAGUGGUGCUGUUCUCUGUUACAUGUCCUGCACAUAGACAGGAUGGAUAUCUGUCAAGGACAAUCUCAAAAUUAUAAAAAAAAAAAACAGAGAAUUUAAACUCGUGUACCAGGGGACGGAGGAAAUGGAGCAUAUUCUGCAUUUCAGUAUUGUUUUAAUGCACCUUCAGCAUUUCCUCUUGGCUGCUGGUUCAGCAUUUUCUUCGCUUUUACCAACAGCAGAAUUUACUCACAACACACUCGCCCUGCGUAGCAUCAAGUAAAUUAUAUAUGAACGUAUAUAAUAUGAGCACCUGAUUCAUGAAAAUGGUGCACGUGUUGUUAGUUAUUUAAACACAAAUUAUGAAUCAGCUUCAGCUGCAUGGACGCUAACUCCCACCCACUGGGCUCUGAUUUAAGUGUCAUUUGCACAACAUGCCUCAGUUUAAUCUAAUAUACAGUACUGUGCAAAAGUCUUAGGCACAUACAAAGAAAUGCUGUAGAGCAAAGACGCCUUCAGAAAGAAUGAAAUUAAAUGUUUCUACAUUGAAAAAAAUACUAUAAAGAGCAGUAAACAGUAAUAAAUGAAACAAAGUCAAUAUUUGGUGUGAUGAUCUUUCGCUUUAAAAAAAAGAAAUAGUAGUCUCAGGUACAGUGUGCAGUUUUAUAAGGAAAUGAGCUGUAAGUGUUACUGAGCAUCUUGCAGAAGCAGCCACAGUUCUUCUGGAGACUUUGACUGUCACACUUUCUUCUUAUUUUUGCAGCGAAACCCAGCAGCCUUCAUUAUGUUUUUAUCUGAAAAGUGUCUCUUAUGUAAUACGCUGCUUUCUUUACUGACAUCCAAACGUUUUUCUGUAACAUUUAAUAUUGUACUGGAAAACUAAUGUUUGCAAAUCUAACAUGGUUUCAUACUGACUCGAUAAUGUAGAAGUCAUAAAAUAAAAAUCGGUAACAAAGUUUGUACUAAAUAAAAUAGGGUGCCAAGACUUUUCCACAGUGCUGUACAUGUAAUUGCAUUAAACACACCUUAAUUGGCGCAUGUGUUGCUAUAGUGAGCCAAUAAAACAACAGCAGGCUAGGCUGAUUCAAGGAAAUAAAAUGUCGUACGAAAAAGGGAGGGGGAAAGGUGGUGAGGUGCUUUUGUGUGUGUGUUUUUUUUUAAAUAUAGCUGCUUUAAUGAAACUGAACCACAAUUCCAACCUCACCUUUGGAUUGUUACGUGAACACUAUUUAUAGCUAGGAUUUUGUUCGUUUUAGAAUAGGUCAGCUUUAAUUACAGCUUUAAUUAGAGCAAGUUUCCAUCCUGAACAAAUAAACGCAUCCUUAUUUCAUAUCAACAAAAUGCUGAAAGAAGUUAAUCAACCGACCACAAUGAAUAAAACUGUGUCUGGUGUGUUUUAGUGUUGAUAGGAUAUUAAACAUAAGUAUAAUAACAUCAUAUUAUGACAUGCAACUCUACUUACUCUUCAUGCUACAGGCUACUUGAUGAUAUUGAUUUUGAUUAUUUAACUACAAAUCAAGCGUUUUGGUUUUUUUUUUUAAGAAUGUUAAAUUCGUACGCUCAAAUUUCCACACGUCGACCAAUCAUCGGUUUAAUUUUACCGAUACACCAAAGAUGAAAUGGAUGAAUAAGGAACUUUUGAUGGAAUUUGCGUACACUCGUCUUUCGAUCCGAUUUGCCUGUAAACAACUUGAAUAAGGGCCUAUGAGAGCAGAUAUUGAAUGGUAGAUGUUUACAUUUAUAAACAGCCUUCAAUAAAUUGUAACUCUAUCGAGUAUGAACUUUUGUCUAGGUUUUUUAUGUGGCUAACUACUCCGAUAAUGACAGACGACGUUUCGUUUAAUUCUGAUUGCUAGUUAGCCAGCACUUAACUAACUAGCAGACCAGCUAGCAAGCAAGCCCUUGUUGAUGUUAACAAGGGUGUGUGGAAAACAGUAUUGGGAAUGCAGAGAUAGUUUUCACUGAAUCCUUUCCUCCUAAACAUGGUGGACAGUGCGUCUUAACAGUAGCUGAGUUACUGACAUUAGCUGACAUUAAGAAUGACAUGACUCAAGCAACUCUUACGCCGUUGUCACGUAACGUCUCUGAUGCAGCUUGUUUGUUAUGCAUGGUAUUCUUUGUAAUGUCAUGUUUGGGAUGCUUUGCUUUAUGCUUCUUCAGUGUUACAUGGCAGGGACAAUAAAUGGAAAACAAAAAAGGUGUGUGUUUGGGAAUUUGUUUAAUGUACACAACACACAAGACUGAACUAUACAUUUAGCAAAAUAGUGUCAGUAUUCCUGACGUGAAGCGGUGGCGCAGUGGGGAGCGUUGGUGCCGGUGUCCACGUGGGUUUCCUCACACUACGCAAAAACAUGCCAGGAGGUGGACUGGCUAUGCUAAAGUGUGAAUGAGUGUGUGCACGAUGCCCUGUGAUGGACAGGCGUCCCAGCGUUCAGUGUGUGUCCCCCCACCUUGUGGAGUGUUCCUGGGGUUGGCUCCGGAUCCACUGUGACCCUGACCAGGAAAGUGCUUACUAAAGAUGAAUGAAUGAUGGACUUCUUAAAAAGAGGGCAGCAGUCAUCUAGAUUUUACUUGCAACACAGGCCACCAUUAAGUUCAGCAUAGACAUGGGCUUGGGAUUUUUGUUUAAUCCUACUCGUCUGCUGUUUUUGUCUGAACCUGGCUGUGAUAUUUUUUUUUUUUUUAUUGUAGUUGGUUCUAUUUCAUCAUUAAUCACAAGGAUAAAGCAGUUACUGAAGAUGAAUGAACAAAUGUGGUAAACGUCACGCAGUGCUGUGCUGGUACCCAAGUGUUAAUAAAGCCCUUUUUUAGUCUCGCAAGCUUCAUAUACACUAUACGGCCAAAAGUAUGAGGACACCUGAGUAUCACACCCAUAUGUGGUUCUUCCCCAUUCUGUUACCACAAAGUUGGAAGCACACAAUUUUAUAGAA